GGGUAAAAAACAACACAUGCUUUUGUAACACUAACGCAGUUUUCAUUUAAUCUCACUCAGGGGGGACUCAGCUCAACUCAGGUAAAUUAACUAUUCAUGAAUUUGGAGAGAGUGUUCCAGAUGACUUCUCAUCCAAUGUCAGCUGCUUUACAGAUUCAUUAAAGCUAUAAACCACUGACAAAGACCCUCCGAAACUUUGAGGCCACCUCUUCCUCUCGGAACUACAUAAUUUACUCAACGUAGAGGUGUCGAUCACUAAAAUUACAAAUCACAAACAUUGAAGCAACGAAACGAACCCUCAGCAGCAACAUGACGGACAGUUCAGACGAAGAAUGCCCAGAGCUAAUACCAGCAGUGACUGCAAAGAUUCCAGUCACAAUCAUCACAGGAUUCCUUGGUGCCGGAAAGACGACCCUUCUCAACUAUAUUUUAACGGAGCAACAUGACAAGAAAAUUGCAGUCAUUUUAAACGAGUUUGGAGAAGGUAGUUCUGUGGAGAAGUCAAUGUCUGUCGGACAAUCGGGUGAACUCUAUGAAGAAUGGCUAGAGCUGCGCAAUGGCUGUCUUUGCUGCUCUGUCAAGGAUAACGGUGUAAAAGCAAUCGAGAACUUGAUGAUGAAAAGAGGGAAGUUUGAUUAUAUUCUUCUGGAGACGACAGGAUUGGCAGACCCAGGUCCAAUUGCCUCAAUAUUUUGGUUGGAUGAUGAGCUCGGCAGUGAUAUUUAUCUAGAUGGAAUUGUAGUGGUGGUAGAUUCAAAGUACGGCCCUCAACACUUACAAGAAGUCAAACCAGCUGGCGUCAUCAACGAGGCUGUGAGACAAGUAGCCCUGGCAGAUCUUAUUCUUCUCAACAAGACGGAUCUCGUUUGCAAAGAAGAGUUGAGUGACGUCAAUCGACAGAUCAGGUCUAUCAACAGCAUUGCAAAGUUGGUCGAGACGCAUAAAGCAAUGACAGAUCUGGACCUUAUAUUAGAUCUACAUGCAUAUGAUAACAAUGGAGAAAGGAGUGGUUUAGAGAUUCUUCAAGAUAGAGGUCUUAAUAUGGACUUGGUGUCUGAAGGGGACAGCCAUCAUUUAGAUCGUACCGUCACCACAGUAUCAUUCCGUCUGGAAGGAAGCAUGGAUGCCAAAGAGCUGGACACAUUCAUGCAGGAUCUACUUUGGGAGAAGAACAUUCUAAACUCUGAGAGUCAGCCCAUGGAAAUACUCAGGAUGAAGGUAAUCAAUUCAAUUGAUUCAUUAUUCCAUUUGCAAGUUAGAUUUGAAUAA